UUACAUACCGUAUAGCGCGAAAUUUUCGAGGAACUUAUAUUUCGUGGAAUGGCCUCUAAAAGCAUUUCGUUGCACAAUGUUCGCGGAAUGACUGCUUACCGGAAGCCACGCCUUUAAAUCUUUGCACGUUAUAGUAAUUAAAGAACAAUUUUCGUGGACUUAAUUUUCGUGUAGGAUUGCUAACCCACGAAAUCCAUGAAAAUAAGCCCCUCGAAAAUUUCACGCUAUACAGUACAUAAUACAUAAUGCUAUACAGUCAUGCACAUACAUGUACAUGACUGUAUAGUAUUAUGUAUUGUCUUACAGUGUGUACGUGUCUUAGUUUAACCUUUCUAGGCACAAGUACUGGUGAUGUUGUAGGAGAGGAACACAACUGCGUUGUCCCGAGGGAGGUGCUUUGUGAGGUGUUACUUCUCAAAAGAAAUGGAAUGACAAUGGAGGAUAUUGUCAGCCGGCUUAGAUGUAGAACUGUGCCAUCUGGAUACCCUAUACAUAGCUGGAGAACCUUGUCAGAUGGUGAAAGUGAGUCACUGGAUGAUAAACUACGCUCUAUUCUUGCUCAAAUGGAAUUUACGCAUGUUGUUCGCUCCUGGGACCAGAAAGGUGUGCCAUUUCGCACGUACAUAUAUGUACCGGAAGAACAUCCAGAACUUGGCACAGUCUUCCACGAGCGCGAAGAUGAAGGACAUGUGUACAAGAGAAUGAGAAAUUCGACUCUAAUGGGUGGUCCGAAACGGUUCAAGCUGGAGCGCUUCAAUGAAGCUGUUUAUGAUGAGUCAGCAAAUCUUACCUACACAGCUUUGAUUGGAAGAAGAAAGCAGUCAAUUCGUGAUGUGGAAAAUUUUUUCUCGUCCUCUGUUGCCAAUUUCAUGAACCGAAAGGGAUACACAUAUGAAGCUCAGUUUGUGACUACUGUACGAAACUGGAGACGUGCAUGUGAUGAACGUGGCCUCACCCAACUUAAAAGGUGCCAGUUCAACUAUGAGCUGCUGAAUAUGUUGUUGGAUGAGCUCAUGCCAUGGCAUAGGACGCAAUACGAUCUCUCAUUGAUGGAAGUUAACAGGUAUGUGGUAGAUACAUAUGUGACAGGCUCUGGGAAAACCAGACUAUUGGAGCAGAAUUUAGUAUUGAGCUACAGCUAAAUUUAUGCCUACAGUAUAAAAUCUCAAAUAAAAUGUUAUUGAUGUAUAAGUAUCUACAGUCCUUCUACUACCUCUCUGUAAAAUCUGAUGCUCUAAAUCCAACUCUUUCCAUCGAAAGCUUCGUCCAAAGUUUCGCUAUUACCUUAUUUUUCCUAAUUAAGCAAUCUUUGAGAGUCGUUUUUCUCGAUACUACAUUUUACGGCUUCGAGUUUCCAACGCGCAUGACUCGGGUAUGAAACUAGGUAUGUGAACACUAAGCAUAUCAUUGUGUAGGCGAUGCUCUGCUCUAUUAUUUGGUACAUUAAUCACACAUAUUUUAGUCUGCUCCAAUAGUCUGGUUUU